AUGUCCACCUUGAUGGAGAUCAAGAGCAGUGUGCUCAGGCAGGUGCAGGUCUGCCCGUCCUUCCGCCGCAGGACUGAGGGGGAACCGGGGAGCACCAGCACUGAUCCGCAGGAGCCCGCCACGGGGGCCUGGAAACCAGGGGAUGGUGUGGAGUUCUUCACCCAGAUGCGCCUCAUCCUGAAGAAGGGGGAAGGCAGACGGGGCCUGCCAUGCCCUGAGGUCCUGCUGCGCAGCAGCUCACCAGCUCCCUCUGAGCCCAUGGACCCCAACCGCGGCCUGAGAGCGCUGACCCAGGAAGAGGUAGAGAUGCUCUACGAAGAAGCCUUGUACACCGUCCUUUACCGUGCGGGGACCAUGGGCCCUGACCUGGUGGACAACCAGGAGGCCCUGCUGAGCUACCUACAGCAGGUGUUCGGCACCAGCCCCGAGCAGCAUGCAGAGGCCAUUGAGUGUGUGAAGAAAGCCAAGGCCCCCACAUAUGCUCUGAAAGUGUCCGUCAUGCGUGCCAAGAACCUGCUGGCCAAAGACCCCAAUGGCUUCAGUGACCCAUACUGCAUGCUGGGCAUCCUGCCAGCCUCAGGCACCCCACGGGAGCCAGGCCCACACAAGGAGCAGCGCUUCAGCUUCCGCAAGGGUGCCAAGCGUGGCAGUCCGCUGCCAGCUAAGUGCAUCCAGGUCACCGAGGUCAAGAGCAGCACCCUGAACCCUGUCUGGAAGGAGCACUUCCUCUUCGAGAUUGAGGAUGUCCACACAGACCAGCUGCAUCUGGACAUCUGGGACCAUGACGAUGACGUGUCCCUGGUGGAAGCAUGCAGGAAGCUGAAUGAAGUCAUCGGCCUGAAGGGCAUGAGCAGGUACUUCAAGCAGAUUGUCAAGUCAGCCCGAGCAAACGGGAGGGCUGGGCCCCCAGAGGACCACACUGACGACUUCCUGGGCUGCCUCAACAUACCCAUCUGGGAGGUGCCAGUGGCUGGGGAGGACCGAUGGUUCAAGCUGGAACCACGUUCCAGCGCCUCCCGUGUGCAGGGAGACUGCCAGCUGGUGCUCAAGCUGAUCACCACGCAGAGGGACACGAGCAUGAGCCAGCGUGGACGGUCGGGCUUCCUGUCCUACUUGCUGCUGCUCAGCCGUCUGCUGCAGUUCGAGCACCGACCUGACGAGCCGAACUCGAGCAGCUGGAGAGGUGAGCUCAGCGGGCCUGCGGCUACCUUGUUGUGCCUGCACGGAGCGCAGAGCGACUUGUCUGUGCUGCAGCUGGCGGUGCUACACUGGCAGGUCAGCAGCCGCCACCAUCAGACCUGUACCCUGGACUACGGCUAUCUGCUGGGCCUUCUGGAGGACAUGCAGGCGCACUGGGAGGAGGCGGCCUCGCUGCCUCAGGAGCAGGAGGAGAGCCUGGCUGACAGCUUCUCUGCCUUUUCUGAAUUCGCGCUGCGCCUACUGCGCCAGCUCCGGGACUACUUCCCUGCCACCAAUAGCACAGCCAUACACCGCCUGGAGCUGCUGCUGAAGUGCCUGGACAAGCUGCAGCUCUUCCAGCCUUCCUUUGAAAUCUGCCCCUUUGAGACCGAGCUGAACAUGGACAUCGCUGCUGCCCUGAAAAGAGGCAACCGUGAGUGGUAUGACAGGCUCCUGAAUGCUAAGAGUCCUCGAGAGCAGCCGGGGCUGCAGCGACUUGCUGGGCUGGUCGAGCUAGUUGACGCCAUCUAUGAGGACCUGCAGUCCUGCUACAGCAUCUAUGCCAGCCUCUUCCACAGCAUCAUCAAGAUCGACUUCUUCACUCUCACCUUCCGGCAGCUUGAGCGGCUGGUAGCUGAGGAGGUGUGGGUACUGACAGAGGAGCUGAGCCUCAAAAUGACCCUCGAGGUGGCCUCACAGCUCUUCGAGCUCUACCUGUCCCUGGCAGACAUCCAGCGCUUUUGGAGCAGCAUCCUGGGCAGGGACAGCCGCUCCCUGGCCCUGGCCAGCAUCCACGUCCCGUUCCUACCUGCUGUGAAGCUUUGGCUACAGGUGCUGAGGGACCAGGCCAAAUGGAGGCUUCAGGGAGCUGUUGAUGUUGACACACUGGAGCCUGUGGACAACUCCUCCAAGCACAGCAGCUCCGCAGCCACUGCAAGCCUCUGUUUCAGCCACAUCCAGGAGCUGUGGGCCUACCUGGCAUGGCCAGACCCUGCCCAGGCCCAGGUGUUGGGCACCCAGCUUAGCCAGGACCUGUGUGAGGCUGCCGUCUUCUACACUGAGCUGCUGCGGAAGAAGGUGGACACUCAGCCCAGGGCCUCAGGAGAGGCAGUGAGUGAACCACUCUGCGUGGUCCUCAACAAUGUGGAGCUCCUGCGCAGGGCUGUUGGCCAGGCACUCCGAGGCCUGGCUUGGCCAGAGGGGGCCUCAGGGCUCCCUGGAGGGCUCCCACGCACCCUGCUCGGCUGCACACAGACCCUGGAUGAGGACCUGCAGCGGGAGGCCUGCACUGUAACUGCGCACCUGACCUCCAAGAUGGUGGGCGACAUCAGAAAGUAUGUGCAGCACAUCAGCCUCUCACCUGACUCCAUCCAGAACGAUGAGGCUGUGGCCCCACUCAUGAAAUACCUGGAUGAGAAGCUGGCCCUGCUGAAAGCCCUGCUGGUGAAGGAGAACCUGAACAGGGUGCUGGAGGCCCUCUGGGAGCUGCUCCUGCAGGCCAUUCUGCAGGCGCUGGGCACCAACCUUGACAUCUCUGCCGACUUCUGCAGUCGCUUCCACUUCACACUGGAGGCCCUGGUUGCUUUCUUCCAUGCGGAUGGACAGGGUCUGCCCCUGGAGAACCUGAAGGACGGAAGCUACAAGAAGUUGGAGGAGGAGCUGCGUCUACACAAGUGCUCCACCCGCGAGUGCAUCGAGCAGUAUUACCUGGACAAACUCAAGCAGAGGUCCCUGGGGCAGAACCGGUACGGGCGCCUGAGUGUUCGCUGCUACUAUGAGGCGGCCGAGCAGCGGCUGGCGGUGGAGGUACUGCAUGCUGCUGACCUGCUCCCCCUGGACACCAAUGGCCUGAGCGACCCCUUCGUAAUCGUGGAGCUGGGCCCGCCACAUCUCUUCCCGCUAGUCCACAGCCAGAGGACCCAGGUCAAAAGCCGUACACUGCACCCGGUGUACGACGAACUCUUCUACUUUUCUGUGCCAGCGGAGGCAUGCCGCCGCCCUGGUGCCUGUGUGCUGUUCACGGUCAUGGACCACGACUGGCUGUCCACCAACGACUUUGAAGGGGAGGCAGCCCUUGGCUUGGGCAGCAUUGGCGGCAUCGUGCGACCCCAAGUUGGGGGUAGCACGAGGGCUGGACAGCCCAUCACCCUGCACCUGCGCCGGCCCAGAGCCCAGGUGAGGUCCACACUGAGGAUGCUGGAGGGCCGCACCAACAGGGAGGCACAGGAGUUUGUCAAGAGACUCCGGGAGCUGGAGAAAUUCAUGGAGGCAGACCCAUGAACCCCCACACCUGCCAGCCCCAGAAACUCCCCGAGUCCCCAUAGUGUCGUCUCAGCCUAUGGUCAGCUUGCUACACCAGGACUUGUGGCAUCCCCACCCCUGCUGUGUGGUAUCCGUGCUGUGGCUGGGCCUUUGAGCUCCCGUCCACCCUGGUGUGUCCACGUGGUGUGUGCUAUGAACCCCUUGUACCCAGCAAACACCCCGAACCCUGCAUCUGGGCAGCCAGCUCAGCAGGGCCUGGACGCAGAGUGGAAGAGCCUGGC